UUUGGAUUGCGUUCUUCCAUGCUUCCCAAGUCCCUCGGAUUUGAAUAAGGAUGCCGGCAACCAAUCGCUCUUUGCCUACUUCUUACUGGGUAUACGAUUUGGAUUGCGUUCUUCCAUGCCUUCUUUCAUGUACCUUAGGUUUGAUUCGGCUAAUUCAUCGAUCUGUUAAAGUUUUCAUGUACCGCCUGCUGAUGAAGAGAAGGUUUCAGUGCUUGUUUUUGAGGGCAUUGUGUUGUUCUUCUUGGUUGCAAGUGGUUCGUUCGUGUACUAUCGAAAGAAGCAGACAGGAACAAUGCCAGGUGCAGAUUUGGUGCAUGACUGAACAAAGUCUGUUCGAACUGAGACUUGAUUCUCAAUUGCAAACUAGUAAGAAGUUCCAAGGAUUAUGAUCGAGGAGUUCAAGAGUUUCUUGAUUAUGCUUUUCAAAGGGGCGAGAUAAAUGGUCUCUUCUGCUUGGACCAGUGUUGAACAAAAAUUCCUCUUUACUUGAGUUCAUUAUAUGAAAUUAUUACUCAACCCCAACUAGCAAGCUUGUGUUCUUACACCACGAUGCAGUUUUGAAGAUAACAGGUUUGCUUAAUCGAUGUUAUGUUAUUUUCGGU